UAAAUCAGAUCCCUCGCCACUUGCUCAGGUCUCUUCUUCACAGCAGUUGCCAGCGGCUCUGCUGUAAGCUGGUGGCAGAGGGCUCCUGUGGCCCUUGAUCGCUGGAAAAGCCACCUGGAUUCCCCCGCAGUCAGGGCAGGAUUCUGAAAGAGUAAAUGCAGUUAACCAGAGAAAAGGCGCCUGCUGCGAGCGAAGCUCAGAACUGUGCAGCUGGAGGCAUGAGACCUAGGACUUAACAACUCAUGCCCCAGCAAAUGCAUCUACAUGCAGAACGACCUAGGAAUCCACCUGGGGUUAGUGCUGCCCAGGAGAACAGGUGCAGAGCGCUGGGCCCGUGAGUGGGGGGCUCGCUACAAAGGUGGAAUGCAGUCAGGUAGCCGACUCCAGCGAAGGGAGGGUAACGUCACGGCCUGCAUCGUGUGUUCAGUGCAUGGGGGAGAGACUACACCUGGGGCAUGCCGCUGCCUCCAGGGCACGACACUAAGGGACGAACGAGGGCGCACUCGCCUCUCGACCUGGUGAGCCAGGUACUAAACUGAGGAAAUGAACCUGCCCGUCUGACCCCUGUUAUGGACACAGUCUAGGGAGCAAGCCACCUCUGUCUGCGCUCUUCCCUUUUUUGGAACGUUCAGGCUAAUGUCACAUUUUUCGAUGGCAGUGUAUUUUCUACUCGCUGCGCAGACCUGGCCCGGUUUGGGUUGCCCCUCCCCCCCCCCUCCUAUUGUCAUCCCAAAAAGGGGACGGCAGAACAGCCUGCUCGGGCUUGUUUGCUUUUCCCAACAGCUCAGAACAGACAAACCUACUUAAGGGAUAAGUGUCAAAUUGCCCCUUUUUUGAGCUUUCUCUGAAUGAGGCUGGUGGGAAAAACCUGUUUGGUGUGUUUGAAAUCCAAACAUCCUACCAAAGGGCGUGUAAAGAGAUGUUCUCUUCUUCUUUAGGAGGACAGCAGAGCCUUGUUUCAGGCUGCCUGGGGCGCCCACUGGGGGCGACUGCCUUCUACUAUUUGGCACGUUUAAUAAAAGGCUUUAUCGAUAUAUUCUGUUCACGUAAGGCCAGAGGAUGACUCUUCUUCACUAGCUGACUCAGCAGUCCCAUUGAAUUCAAGGGAACCCUUUGUGGUGUAAUGCACUACGCAUCUUGAGUCAGGGGGUCAGAAUCGGGCCCUGAUUGACAAGUUUCGCUUUACCAGCGUGUUGUGACACACAAGUUACAGAUUGUAAAAGCAGGGGUGUCUUAGUAACUGGAGACGUUGCUCCAAGAGUUGACUCAGUCUCAGACAGGGAUGAGGUGGCCACUCUCUGUACAUGGCACACAGUGAGUGAGCUUUGACUGGAGCUUGCCUUACGGCAUACAGAUGAGCUCAUGAUUUAAAGAGACGUUUUCAGGAAACACAGUUCAAGCAUCUUUCUGCCACAUUGACUUUCUGUGAAAGCCUGGGCAUGCUCAAUGCGCAGCCCAGGAGUCAUCGUGUUUGGUGGGCUUUCGUGUUAACUUCCCCAGCACAUGAAUGGGCUUGCAAGGUCUACCAACAAAUCUGAUGUCUGCUGGGAAAAAAGCGACAUAUAUUAUUUGUGGUGGUUACGAUCCCCGUCCCUCUCUUUAAAUUCUAUAAAGAAAUAGUUAACAUCGUUGCCAAGUGUAUGAAUAAUAAGGGACAAAGGAGCUGGGUGCAACAAUCUGGUUGCAAUACAGCCGCAGGAAUGUUCUACAGAGGGAUCUGCUAGGUCUAUGGGGCCAGGUCUUUGGAAGUGUCUCUGGAACAAAAACUUUGACGUGUGUCGGAGAAUAGGGACGUGGACAGCAAUCCUUGGAUGUAUCCCAUCUGCCUGUGCUCCACAGCCCGACUCUGCAGUUCUCCAGGCAGCAUGUGACCGGUUGUGGCAACGUGAGGUCCUGGCGUAUUAUGGUUGUUUAAGGCUUUGUGAAUGAGCUCUGCCAUCUUCCACUUCGUCUUUACCGUGAUGCAUUUGCAAAGCGUUGAUGCUCGCAAGCAUGUCUUUCAGUGACCAGAGAGUUAGGAAGUCAAUCACCCAGGCCCGUGGAGGACUGCACAUCUUUCUGUGCUAGGUGGCUUUCAGUAGAUAGCACAAUAUUCUGAUUGAUCAUUGGUUCUUUGCCACAUGGUUCCCCAGGCUAAUGAUCAUUCCCAUAAGACUGGCAGUGUCAGGAGAAGCGAAGGAUGGUGCCGAAGGACUAAGGUACAUUGGCAGAUCUAGGCGAAGGUCCCAGGAUCAGCAGAAGCAUGGUCAGCCACAAGGGUUAUUGAGGUGCAUUGGCAGGGUUCUUGGGGAGAAUGUUCUACUCAGACCACUGUUACUCCUUCGUGGACACUCAGUUAACUCCAGGUUGGUUCUUAUUGUUACAUGGGCUGCAUAUUUACCUUACUCCAUGCACGUACUGUAUAUAUCAAUAGAGCACUUCCACGGAUGUUUGUUCUAACAGACAUAUUGUGGGGUUUUUAAAACAAAAUAGUUUCUAAAUCUGCCCACUGAACAUGGAUGUAUUGUUACUUCUGGGGGCAGGGAAACCAGGUGAAUUCAAAUUGGGGUGAGCAAAAUGGUGUCUAUCAGUGACUGUCAGAGCUUACAGUGUGGAAAGAAGGGAAGUCCGGGAACAGCUGAAGCAGGUCUCCCUGUGAACAAAAGCCAUGUUUUUCCCCAACCUCUUGGUGAGCGCUCUGAAGCAACGUUAACUGUAUCUUUUAUUUGCUCUGGAAGAAAUCAGACUUGACUGUAACCCUAUUCACCGUUGAUUCAAGGUUUUAUUUAUUUUUAUUUUUUUUAAGUGAAAUCUCAACCCUGGAAAUUCUGUGCCAAAAACCAAAAUAGAGUCCUUGAUAGUGAGUAGUGCUGUGUUUUUGUUGUUUGUUUCUGUUCAAAGUUCAGGCAAUGAUAGGCCUUCGGAUUGAUACGUUAACCAGUUAUUGGCAUGGUUGGCUGUAAGCAUGACCUGUGCCCACCCCACGUGUGGUUAACACUCCAUUGGCAGCUAACCAUAUGUCUCCCCUAGUAGCAGUCUAGACUGUCACACAGCUGGAAAAGGUGUCUUCCCUCUCUCUGCUAGACUGUGCUCAUGUCCCUCUGUAUGAACAUACUCUGACUAAUCUAUCCCCUACCCACUCUGGGCUGACUGGCUUUCCCCUUUUUCCUCCCAUUAAACCCAUGUGAACGUGGUCAUGCCGUGUGUAGAUGCGGAGUCACAAACCCGGAUGACACGUGGCUGUUACAAGAAUGGUUGGUGGCUCCGACUCACCAGCCUGUUGUCCUCUUCAGUGAAGCUGCAUCCAGCUCUUCCGCCAUGUCGUAGGUGACUGCACCUCUGCUACUAACAGUGACUAUUGAAAAGUCUCGCGGGCACUGGAGAAGAGCCGGAGGAUUUGGGGAAGAGCAGCUGUGCUGAUACUAAAUGAAUGGGGAAACGGCAGCUUGCCCAGGGUGGAUGCUUGCCAUGGCAGAGCUGAGAAAAGAAGGCAGGAGCCCAGAUUCCCAGCCCUCAGCUCUACGGCAGGGAUCGCAGUCGCUCUUUCCACCAGGACCUGCAAGGCAGCAGCUGACGGCGAUGAUAGCAAGGAGAGGUGGAAAGCACCAGUUGGGUCACCUGGUUCCAUUCCCCAUGCAGGAUUGUUCCCUGCAUUCUGUUGAGUGGCUGGGGACAUCCCCCUGCUGAGGAAGCCACAGGAUAAAUACUUCCUCCCCGAGCGGCUCCGGGCAGACAGCCCAGCCUGGCAGGAUGGACACAGCCCGUAGGCGCCCAGGUGUGAUGGGAGCUGUUCCCUGGCUCUCUCUAGUCCUCCUCUGCGGCUGCAGCCACUUCCAGAGCUCAGAUGCAGCUUCCAGCCUGCGCCCAGAGAUCAUCACGCCCCUGAAGCCUGUGAAAAGUCCCACUCUAGGGAAACGCUUCAACGUCAGCUGCCAGGCUCAGAGCCCCUUCCCAAGGAUGACCCUCAUCUACUGGCUGGCAAACGGCUCCUUCGUGGAGCACCGGUACCCGGACGAGGCAGUGAGCGAAGGGGACGUCGUAACGGAGCCCAGGGGCACCAGGGUCCUCCUGACCCGAGAGCUGCUCUUCCGCUCCUUCUCCCGGCGGGACUGGAGCACCUCGUUCCUGUGCAUGGUGAGGAACCCAGCCGGGCUGGAAAAGGCCCUGGUCCACUGGGACCCUGAGCCGCCAGCCCAGAUCUCCGAGCCGCAGCAGGAGACGAGGCAGGACGUCCAGCUCCCGGCGAGCACCCCCACCGUGGACAGGGCCGAGAGCACGGACUGAGCGCGGGGACAGCAGCGCCGACCCCCGAGAGGCAGCGAUAUUGUACCCAUGGCUGCCAAGCUCCACUUCCCUGCAAAGCCCUGCCAGCCUCCCUCCACAGCCCAGCUGCCCUCCCUGUGUCCACGUGGAGCCCUGCAGGCCAGGGCCUGGAUACAGCCCCCCCCCCAAGCACACUGCACUGGCGGGGGAGGCUCCUGCAGGACUUGCCCUCAGGCCAUGGCCUGGGAAAGCCCCUGUUUGCCCCCCACCCCCAUCCCUCUUCCACUGGCAGGAUCAUUCUCGGCCCUAGUGACCAAAGCCGCCCCCUGCUGCCAGCCCAGCCUACAACUGAAGAGCAGGUUCCCUUCAACAGCUGCCAGCAAUGCCCUGCCCGUUCCAUGCCCAGGAGGGCAGCACCAGCUUGGGGCAGGGGCUGGGAGCCCAGCACCCCCUGGCCUCUGGCUGCCAGCGCUCCUCCCACUUCGCCCUGUUUCUGUUAAAUAAACACACAAUGCU